UGAAGCAGCAAAGCAAGCAGCCGUGGCACUACAGUUCGUGUCGGACGAGAGUGUGUAGAUAGUGAAGAGUUUUGCGAAAGUGAGGGUGGUAUAUCCCUAACGAACUUAAAACACGCCAGUCCAUGUGCUCCUCUGAUUAAGAUGCUCAUCAAAGAAUUCCGUGUCACCCUGCCCCUUACCGUUGAAGAGUAUCAAGUUGCUCAGUUAUAUUCUGUAGCGGAAGCUAGUAAAAAUAAUACAGGCGGUGGAGAAGGAAUUGAAGUCCUUAAAAAUGAACCAUUUACGGAUUAUCCUUUAUUAGGGGGAAAAUAUUCAUCAGGUCAAUAUACUUACAAGAUUUAUCAUUUAGCGAGCAAAGUGCCUGCCUUUAUUCGACUCCUACUUCCGAAAAAUUCUUUCGAAAUACACGAGGAAGCAUGGAAUGCCUAUCCAUAUUGUAAAACUGUUAUUACAAAUCCAGGUUAUAUGAAAGAUAAUUUUGUCAUUAUGAUUGAAUCAUUCCACAUUGCCGACACUGGAAACCAACAAAAUGUACACGAACUACCUCCCGAUAAACUCAAGGUUAGAGAAAUAGUGUAUAUAGAUAUAGCGCACGACACAGUUGCCAGUGCAGAUUAUAAGGAGGAUGAGGAUCCAACGAAAUUCAAAUCACAAAAAACGGGACGAGGGCCUCUUAAUACUAAGGAAUGGAAAAAUAAUGUAACGCCAGUGAUGACGUGUUACAAACUCGUCACGUGUGAAUUUAAAUGGUUCGGUUUUCAGACGAGAGUUGAAAAUUUCAUUCAAAAAUCGGAAAGGCGCUUAUUUACCAAUUUCCAUAGGCAGGUAUUUUGUUGGAUAGAUCGCUGGCACGGUCUCACAAUGGAGGAUAUUAGAUCAAUUGAAGAUAAAACUAAAGAGGAAUUAGACAGGCAACGACAUCAAGGGGAAGUUCGAGGUAUGCGCGCCGACGAUUGAGCCUUUGAUAGGUCUUGCUUAAUAAGGUUAAACCAAUUUCGUUCUAAAAAAAGAAAAACACAAAUAAUAAAAAAAGAAAAUAAUAAUAAUACACACGUACAUAAAUUCAAUGCUAUUUCUAAUCCACUUCGAUUGGAAACAAAUUUUUUCAGACUAUAUCUGUCUAGAUUCAGUAUCUGCUGUAUUACUUACAAUUUUAAUUUAUUUACCUUGUCAAACGUUUUUUAGAUAAAUGUACGUAAAAGUCAAAUAGUAACGUUAACAAAACAUUAACACGAAAUGAAAAAAAAAAAUAAUGAGGCGCCGAAUGGCUUUAGCUCUUAAACGAUAAAGCAAAGUCUCUUCGACAUUUUAAAAAAAAAAAAUUCAGUAUAGAUAUUUGAUUAUUAAUAAUUUAUUGAUAGUCUAGUAGUUGAAUGAUAAUAAUAUAUCUAUUAACGUUUGUUAAACAAGCAGAUGAAACAUGCUCGCGCUGCAAGACGCAUAAGUGAUUUAAACGAAUGAAUGUUUUCAAAUGGCAAAUUCAGAAAGAAGUUUUAUGAAAUAGUUGUGAUUUUAAAUUUAAUGAAAACAAGCUACUGUUUCAAUUCUGGAAGUGUUUAAGGUAUAAUAAUAGUAAUUAUAAUAAUAAUUAAAUAAUAAUUGUAGGUUAUAAAAUUAAUGAAAACCAAGCAGUCAAUGAUGCACUUAUUUUUAUCUCAUAGGAGAAAAUGGAAAAAAAAAUUAUUUAUCUGCUUGAAGUAUAAAAAAAACACCGUUUGUGCAAUUGUGUUUACAGACAUUUAGAGGGUUUAAUUAAUAUCAAUUUUAAGAGAAAUACAGUGCCCUUGCGAUCCUUGUGGUCCUUGUGAUUAUAUGUUUACUAGGAAAAACUUAUAACAGUUUUUUUUAGCGCAGCCUUAUUUUUACAUUUUAAUUUAUUUCGCCCAAAAAAACAAUUUCUUUUGCAUUUGAAACUUGUCAAAUAAAGAUAGAAGUUGAAGUUACCUUAAA